AUGACCUCGAAUCCUCCAAAUCCCCCCGAGGACCCAGGACCAGAGGGUAGUGUUCCCGCUCCUUCUGGAGGCGACCAGUCAUGGAUCUCCGAUCUGGUGGAUAAGCUAGUGCCAAAAUUCAUAGCACAAGGAGGAUCUUCAGCUGCCGAUGCGGCGAUGCAAACGGAUACUGCAGGCAAGUCAGACUAG